AUGAGCACCUACACCACGCUCACGCCGCUCCAGCACCUGCCGCCGCUGGAGAAGUUCCACCACCACCACCACCACCACCACCCGCACCACCACCACCACCACCCCCCGCACCACCACCACCAGCGCCACGCCGGGAACUUCUCCUCCAUGGGGAACCUCUACUACCCCAAGGAGAUGCCCGGCCCCAUGGGGCAGCCCCUCUCCCCGCUGCCCAACGGCCUGGGCGCCCUCCACCACGGGGGCCAGCAGCAGCCGCAGCAGCAGCAGGGCCUCAGCCACUACGGCGCCCACCUGGGCCCCUCCGAGAAGCUCUUCGCGCCGCCCCCGCCGCCCCCGCCCCCGCACGCCUUCGAGGGCCCCUCGGGGCUCCUGCCCGCGCUCAACGGCAUCCACGACCCGCGGGCCGCGGCCGCCACCGCCUCCACCUCCUCCGCCCCCGGACAGCAGGCCGAGGAGAUCAACACCAAGGAGGUGGCGCAGCGCAUCACGGCCGAGCUGAAGCGCUACAGCAUCCCCCAGGCCAUCUUCGCCCAGCGCAUCCUCUGCCGCUCCCAGGGCACCCUCUCCGACCUGCUCCGCAACCCCAAGCCCUGGAGCAAGCUCAAGUCCGGGCGGGAGACCUUCCGCAGGAUGUGGAAGUGGCUCCAGGAGCCCGAGUUCCAGAGGAUGUCCGCCCUCCGCCUGGCAGGUAGGCACCGGGAGCGGGGCGGGGAGGGGAGGGCCGCCAGCAGGGCUGGAGGCAUCUCAGGGGGUUGGAGAAGGUAGGAAGGAAGUCCCACACUUGCCUGGCCUCCAUAUCUAUCUCUUGGCACAUCAAGACGACCUCCAGAAUCCAAUGAAAGGGUUGCGAGUAGGGCUGGAGGCAUCUCAGAGGGUUGGAGAGACUCCUUCUCGGUUGGAGAGGGUAGGAAGGAAGUCCGACAUUUGCCUGGCCUCCAUAUCUAUCUCUUGACACAUCAAGACGACCUCCAGAAUCCAAUGAAAGGGUUGCGAGUAGGGCUGGAGGCAUCUCGGAGGGUUGGAGAGACUCCUUCUCAGUUGGAGAGGGUAGGAAGGAAGUCCGACACUUGCCUGGCCUCCAUAUCUAUCUCUUGGCACAUCAAGACGACCUCCAGAAUCCAAUGAAAGGGUUGCGA